UAUCUUCUCAAAACUUCUGUCAAAUAGAACUUUAGAAUUAUUGAACCCGACACUAAAGCAUUUUUUUUUUUUUUGGUCCCCUCUCUUUCCAUCUUUAAAGUCUUAUAUAUGACGGAACAAGGUGACAUCUGUUCAACAGCUAGCUAGAGAAGUAAGACAUGGCAAUUGAAGGUGGUGUUUCGGUGUUCUGCCUGAUGGCUUUAGUGGUGUUUACCAGUACUACAAGCAGUGGAGAAGCAGUGAAACCCAGUCAUUACUCAAUGCCCUUUAACAGAACCAGUUUUCCACCCCAUUUCAUAUUUGGAGCUGGUUCUGCUGCUUACCAGUCUGAAGGAGCAGCUCUCCAAUAUGGAAAGGGACCAAGCAUAUGGGACACUUUUACUAGAAAUCAUCCAGAGAAGAUUAAAGAUAGAAGCUCAGGGCUUGUAGCUGAUGAUUUUUAUCAUCGUUACAAGGAGGAUAUAAAGCUUAUGAAAAAAAUUGGUCUGGACUCUUUCAGAUUCUCCAUAUCAUGGCCCAGGCUUUUACCUACUGGAAAAGUUAAAGGUGGAGUUAAUAAAGAAGGAGUUCAAUUCUAUAACAACGUCAUCAAUGAGCUCCUUUCUAAUGGAAUAGUGCCCUUUGUGACACUCUUCCACUGGGAUUUCCCACAAGCUCUUGUAGAUGAAUAUGGUGGAUUUCUAAGCCCUAAUAUUGUGGAAGAUUAUGGAGCAUAUGCAGACUUUGUGUUUAAAACAUUUGGAGACCGGGUCAAGAAUUGGGCCACAUUCAACGAGCCCAGUUUGUUUUCUGUAAAGGGGUAUGAUGGUGGUGUAUAUGCUCCUGGUCGGUGUUCAGACUACGCUGGAAAUUGCACUGCUGGAGACUCUGCCACUGAGCCUUAUAUUGUGGGGCAUUAUCAGCUUCUUGCUCAUGCACAAGCCGUCAAAGUCUACAAGGAAAAGUACCAGGAGUCUCAGAAGGGAAAAAUAGGAAUAACAUUAGUUACCAACUGGUUCAAACCAAAAUUCAAAACAAAGUCCAGCCGUGAAGCUGCCUCGAGAGCCUUGGACUUUAAUCUGGGAUGGUUUCUUGAUCCUAUCACAUAUGGUGAUUAUCCCAAAACAAUGCAAUCAGUGUUGGGAAGUAGGCUGCCCAAAUUCACAAAGGCUCAAUCGGUCGCUAUAAAAGGGUCAAUAGAUUUCCUUGGAGUGAAUUAUUAUACUACCGAUUAUGCGGAUGCUGCACCCCCUGCUACUGUGAACCACAGUUACUAUGUAGAUAUGCAAGCUACUCUCACUUCGGAGAAGAAUGGAGUCGCAAUUGGUCAGCGUACUGAUGUCAGCUGGCUUUACAUCUAUCCGAGAGGAAUUCAAGAGCUUUUGAUAUAUAUAAAACAUAAAUACAAGAAUCCACCAGUAUACAUCAAUGAAAACGGUGUUGGUGAGGCAAAUAAUAGCACCUUGCCUGUGAAGGAGGCUAUCAAGGAUAGUAUAAGGAUAAGAUACCUCCAUGGCCAUCUCACCUAUCUUCUACAAUCCAUCAAGGAAGGUGUUAAUGUGAAAGGAUACUAUGCAUGGUCAUUUCUUGACGACUUCGAAUGGGGAUCAGGUUACACCCUUCGAUUUGGCCUCACAUACAUUGAUUUCAAAAACAAUUUGAAAAGACACCUCAAGUAUUCUGCCUACUGGUUGAAGAUGUUCCUCCUCAAAUGAAAUAAUAUUUCAUACCCACAUUCGCCCUCUUCUUCCUCUCUUAAAUAAGCUGGAGAAGUCUUCUUUCUUCACCAUAAAUCAAUAUCUUAGUAAAUAGAUUCUCCUAUAAUUGUAUGUGGCACUUCAAGUGCUAAUGCAAGUAUUAUUAAUUUCUA